AUGCAAACACUUGAAAACUUAAUUAAAAUGUUUACGCAAAAGCAAAUUAACCAAAAUAAUUUGGAAAAUAUUUUCCAAGAUUUACUUAAGGAACUAAAUAUUCAUCAAACAAAUGAAAACAAUCCUAAAAAUAUAAAACUGCAAGAAAUCAAAGCCUAUAAAUAUAUCAAAACUUAUCAAAUUUACUAUUUAACGAAAGUUAACCAAGAAAAGAUUGGAGAAAUCAUUCAGGAGAUUACUCCAUACUAUGAACACUCAAUAAAAUCCAGUGAUAAGCUUGGAAACAAAAUGAAUAUGCUUUUUAAUCAAAUAAGAUUAAUUAGAGAAUAUAAUGCAUCAAAUGUAGAAGAACUUUGCAGAAUAGCUCGAAAACUGUACAAAAAUUCAGAUGAUUCUAAUCCAAUUUUGAUGCUAGCGCUAGGAAUUGAGAGUUUUCAGAAAAAGUUGUUCGAAAAGUCAUUUAAGUAUCUCAAUACGAUAACAAAUUACGAAGAAAUUACGAAAGAGUUCAAACCAUACUACAAAUACUAUUAUUUAAUUUCGAUAUUUUUAUCUCAGCAGAAUGUUGAUGAAAGUAAGAUAAAUUCGAUUGAUAGUGAUAGUUUAAAGUUUAUCGAGUUGCUGAAACAAAGAAAUAUCGAUGAAAUUUCAAAGAUUCUCGAUGAAAAAUUCAAAAUUAAAUCUGAGAGUUUAAUUCAUCUUCUUAAGGCAGAGUUUGAACGUAUUUCGAUAGACGAUAAGAUUAAACGUUUAGAAACAACGAUUUCGGAAAAAGGGCAAAUUUCCAUCGAAGAAGCCGCUAGUAUUUUAGAAAGCAACGUAGAAUCUGUAGUGAAAAUGAUUAAUGCGCAUUCUUGUUGUAUUUUAUACGAUAAGAUUACGAAAGUUCUAAAAAUAAGGAAGAUUAAAACUUCUCUCUCAUGUGAAAUGAAAGAGAUAUGCAAUAGAGCGAAAGAUGAAGCUAUGCGAUCUAAGUUAUAUUAUUGGAAUUGUUAUAAAUAA